AUGCCUUUGCGGUCGAUGGCAUCAUCCGUGCGCUCGACUUCAACCCACUUGAGUUCUGGCUGGCAGCCAUCACCGAGAUGUCGCAGAGUGGAAGAGUGCGUGUCUUCGAUCUCCAGACGAAGACGUGCCUGCUGGCCGUCAGCCCGCCGGAUGAGGGCCUCGCCGGCUUAG